AUGGCAGCCAUCGGGGUUCACUUCGGAUACACGUGCGCGUGCGUGGCCGUGUACAAAGACGGCAGGGCAGACGUCGUGGCCAAUGAUGCAGGAGACAGAGUGACUCCAGCCGUCGUGGCCUUCAGAGAGAAAGAACGAGUCGUCGGCAUCGCAGCGAAACAGGGACGAGCACGAAACACUGCAAACACCAUCGUCAAAGUGAAGCAAGUGCUGGGACGGAGUUUUGAGGAUCCAGAGACACAGGCGCAUAAAGCAGAGAACAAGUGUGAGGUGGUGAACAAAGCGGACAGACCGUUCUACCGGCUGCAGCUGGAGGAGCGCAGUGAGCUCGUCAGUCCACAGGAGGUCGCCAAACUCAUCUUCCACAAAAUGAAAGAAACCGCUCAGUCGGCGCUCGGCUCCGACGUCACGGCGGCGGUGAUCACGGUGCCGUUCGAGUUUGCACACGAUCAGAAGAAAGCUCUAAGAGAGGCAGCGGAGGCGGCCGGGUUCCGCGUGUUGAGACUCAUCCAUGAACCAGCUGCAGCUCUCCUGGCCUACGACAUCGGACAGGACUCUCACAGCAGCAACAGACAUGUGCUGGUGUAUAAGCUGGGUGGCUCCUCCCUCUCUGUCUCCGCCCUGCUGGUCAGUGGAGGGAUGUACAGAGUCCUUCACACUGUCACAGACCACAGUGUUGGAGGAGAACGCUUCACACAGGCCCUGGCCCAGCACCUGGCCCAGGAGUUCAACAGGUCUUUCCGUGUUGACGUUAGCGCUAACAUGCGCUCGAUGCUAAAGCUAGUACAUAGCGCUGAUGCAGCCAAACACUCACUGUCAUCACUGGGAUCCGCAAACUGCUUCGUGGACUCUCUUCACGACGGCAUGGACUUCGACUGCGCUGUGUCCAGGGCCCGGUUUGAGCUGCUCUGUGCGUCUCUGUUCAACCAAAGCAUUCAGCCAAUCAGAACGCUGCUGGAGGAGGCGGGGCUUAGCUGCUCCGACAUCAACCAGGUGGUGCUGUGUGGAGGCUCUGCUCGGAUCCCUCGUCUGCAGCAGAUGAUUCGGGACAUGUUCCCAGAGGUGGAGCUGUUGAGUUCUUCUCCUCCAGAUGAGGUCAUUGCUGUGGGAGCCGCUCUUCAGGCCGCGCUCCUCGUGCCCCGAGACCGGACUGAACCAGGACCAGAACCAGAUCUGGACCCGGUCCCUGUGGACGUGUGUGCAGGCGACGUGCUACUGAAGGAGCUGGAUGGGUUCCUGGUCCUCCUCUCGGCUGGUACCCCUCUUCCCGCCCGCAGACACCAUGUGGUCCGAGGUCCUGGUUCUCUGAGCGAUCUGAGUCUGGAGCUGUUCCAGAGGAGGGGGGAGGGGACGGAGCGGCUCGCUAAGCUCGUCCUCAGAGACCUUCCUCCUGCUGAAGACCUGCACCACAUCGACGCAGUGGUCACUAUGAAGAGAGAUGGCUCGCUGCACGUGAGCUGUGUGGAGCAGGGCAGCGGGCGCUCGGAGGCCGUGACCAUCGCAGCAGCUUCGUAA